CACAAACUCCAGCACAAACCUUGUUCCAGACAGUUAUUGUUAUUGUUACCUUGUUAACUGGUGGAUUAUUAUUUAAAUUAUUUCAGUAAAAGCUAGAAACACUACUACACCUCAGAUAUAACUGGGUCUCCAGUCGCAAUGAAAUUAUGGUGGUUUCUGCUGCUGGUUGCAGUUUACCUCUCUUCAGUAACGGUCUUCUGUCAUGAAGGGAAUUCAGCAUUUAUAACAGAUGAUGGCCAGCAUGGCAAACGUGUAAAAAGGGAAUGGCUCUGGAAUCAAAUAUUUGUCCCAGAGGAACAGAUGCUCAAUUUGCCCUAUCAUAUUGGCAAGAUAAGUUCUGAUACCAAAAAAACGAAUGUGAAAUAUGCUCUCCAAGGAGAGUACGCAAACAGCAUCUUUAAGGUUAAUGAGAACAAUGGAGACAUUCUAUGCUUUGCAAGGCUGGAUCGAGAAAAGAAGGAUCUGUAUAAAUUGACAGCACUCCUGGUCGACAGGUCAACCAAUAAAACUCUGGAGCCUCCUUCUAGCUUUUAUAUUAAGGUCUUGGAUAUCAAUGAUAAUGCUCCUGAAUUUACAAAGGAUGUGUUCUAUGGAUAUGUCAAUGAGAUGUCUAAUACAAGAACCCUGGUGACAAAUGUUACGGCUUUUGAUGCAGAUGACCCUACUGUUGGUGGGAAUGCUAAGGUAACAUAUAGACUCAUAAAAGGACAAGAAUACUUCUUGAUCAACAAUACAGGAUUCAUUUUAACUGCGACCUCAGAUUUAGACAGAGAACAGAAAGCUACAUAUGAAUUAAUUGUGGAAGCCAAAGAUUCACCAGACCAAAAAGGAGGUCUAUCAAGUACUGCCACCGUAAUCGUCACUUUACUUGAUAUUAAUGAUAACUUCCCGACUUUCAAGGACAAGCAGUAUACGUUCAAUGUACCAGAAAACCUAGCUGUUGGUGGUGUCGCUGGAAAGAUGGUGGUAGAAGAUAUUGAUGAGCCUCAGAACAGAAACACAACUUAUAGUUUCAUCAAAGAGAAAUUUCAAGAAAUGUUUUCAGUUAUUACAAGUGCAAAGACCAAUGAAGGAAUCCUGGUUAUAAAAAAGCCCCUGGACUUUGAAAGUGUUCAACAGCAUAAGUUUAGCGUUGAAGCAACAGAUCCAAAAAUUGACCUGCGAAUGGCACAGCAAUUCAGGCCCAAGAGCAUUGCUGAGGUCAUCAUUAAUGUUCUUGAUGUGGAUGAGCCCCCUGUGUUCUCAAAGCCAUUUUACCAAUUUCAAGUAAAUGAGGACACCGUUCCUCAAAGCACUAUUAUUGGUUUUGUAUCAGCAAAGGAUCCAGAUGCUGCUAAUCGUCAAGUGAAAUACAGAAUAAGAGAUGGUGGUAAUAUACCAAUCACUGUGAAAGAAAACUCAGGGAAUAUCAUCAAUAGCAAACCACUGGACAGGGAGACCAAUGCCUGGUAUAAUUUAACUAUAGAGGCUGAGGAAAUUGAUCCAAGCAACCCUCCAAUCAAGAAGGUGUCAUUGGCACGUGUGUACAUAAAAGUGCUCGAUGUAAAUGACAAUGCUCCAGAAUUUGCAGAACCAUAUGAGCCCAAAGUGUGUGAAAACGCAGCCCAGAAAACGGUGAUCAUAAAUAUUUCUGCCACAGAUAAGGAUGAAAUGAUACCAGGAAUGAAGUUUACAUAUCACUCAGCAAGAAUGGAAAAUAAUUUCACAGUGCGGGAUAAUCACGAUAAUACAGCAAGUAUUAUUGUCAAAUAUGGGCAGUUUAAUCGUGACGUGGCUAAGGUUCAUUAUCUGCCUAUUGUGACCUCGGACAAUGGACAACCUGUACAGAGCAGCACAAACACUCUGACCAUCACCAUCUGCAGAUGUAAUGAAAAGGGGGAAUUCACAUUGUGUGAGGAAAUCGCCAAGCAGGCAUCGGUGUCAGUCCCAACUCUUGUUAUCAUUUUUGUGACCCUUUUUCUCCUCAUUUUAGUUGUCACCAUACUGCUGAUCCUAAAAAGAACACAGAAAACAAACACAAAGAUUUUAAGCAAAAAUGUGGCAGAGAUUCAUGAACAACUAGUCACAUAUGACGAAGAGGGAGGUGGAGAGAUGGACACCAACAGUUACGAUGUCUCAGUCCUGAAUUCAGUGCGCAGAAAUGUUAGUAGGCCCAGACCUGAUAUGGAACCUGGUCCUUGCAUGUAUGCACAGGUCCAGAAACCACACAGAAAUGGAGAUAUGAACUUUGUUAUUGAGGUGAAAAAAGAUGAGGCGGACAAUGAUGGGGAGAUGCUUCCAUACGACACUCUUCAUAUAUUUGGCUAUGAAGGGUCAGAAUCAAUUGUAGAAUCUCUAAGCUCAUUGGACUCUGGAUCUUCGGAUUCUGAUAUAGAUUAUGAUGUACUAAAUGAGUGGGGUCCUAGAUUUAAGAUGCUUGCAGAUCUGUAUGGUUUGGAAUCAAUUGAGGGAUUUACAUAUUAAUGCAAUAACUCAUGCCUAUACUAAGUGCCAAAGAACUAAUAUUAUCCAACAUAAUCACAUUCCCUAAAAUUCUUUUUACAUUUUGUUAAAGUCUAUUUAGAUUAUUUUCUAAAAACUUUUUUUAUUUUUAAACAAAUGCAGCUUUCAUACUAUAACUCCCAUUCCAAUCCAUUAGAAAUUUUGUGUGAGAACCUUGUGUUUUGCUUCUUUGUAAGCCAUUGCCAUUCAGAAGGACUGGUAUAUACAAUAUAACAUUCAAAUCUGGUGAACACAUGGCAAUCUAUAAGAAACAGGCUUUUUGUUGGCUUUAAUAAGGACUGUCCUCAGACCUUUACGUCUAAAUGGGAAGGACAACAUGUUAAGUAAUGUAUUUAUUCUUGAUGACUGUCUAAUCAGCUCCAUUAAUUUAUAAAUAAAAUUUCCAGCUAGGUAACCUGUGCACACACGUUCAGUGCUUGCAGGGCAGCAAUUGUUGACUGUAGUUAUAAGUGCUCAAGCACUUGCUUGUGCAGCCCAACCCCUUGCUUUCUCAGAACCAGUUGCAUGAGAGCAGGGCUUGACAAUCAUCCAAAAUAAAUCACUGUGGGAUGAUUUAACCCUGCAACCUUUGAGGUUGUGGAGGGGUUAGUAAUUUUGCAGUAUUAGAGUGUGCAUCUUAAGGGAUUUAAAGUUGCAUAUCCAGCUUGAUUAAAUGGAUCCCAAUGUAAAUGAAGUUUAUUCAAAAAAGCAUUAAUAUCUAUUUAUGUUUGAAAUUCAAAAACUUACAAUAAUUUGGUGUAAUUUAAGAAUUUACAUUUUCUAAAUGUCCAAGCAUGUGACCAAAAUCAGAAAGUAAUAGUUUAAUGAUUGUGCACAAGUCUGUCGUUUAAAAGUGUGAUUUAAGCAAAAUAUUUAAUAUAUCGGGAUACAAUCUGUUUACACGUGAAAUGAACAUGCACAAAAGCUUUAACAUUGAAAGGCAUUAUUUAAAUAACCAAGAAAUGCCAUUCACAACAAGCCUCAACUUGUUGUCAAGAGGCUUUAGAGAAGCCCAAAAAUAUUGCAGAGAUCUGUUUGAAUAGUAUUUUUGGAUGGAUUGGAACACUGUUGUCUAUUUCUCUGAGUGCAAAACAAUGGUGAAUUUAACAUAGUGAGAAGCCACUGGAAAACUACAAAAAAACUCAGUUUUCAAAUAGAUUGACCUUGAUUUUGAAAAACCAUGCAAAAUAAUUUGCAUUAUUUUACUAAUGCAUUGGAACAAAAACCUAUUUGCUAGAUUAUGAGUGGAGCGCAAUAUGUGCGCUUCACUCCAAGUGUGGCGCAAUGCGAACACGACCCUGCGUUCGCAUUGCUGAAAAUUAAAUGCUUACGAAAUGGGAGCCUUGUUUUUAUACGAUCAGACACGGCAAACCACCUAGUGCAGCACAGGGGGGAAAUCGUGCAGCGUUAAGCAGCAAUAAAUAUAUAUGUAUAUUCUUUUAUAGAUAUAUAUUUAUGUGUUUAUAUGAUAGGUGGUUAAUUACGCUAAGCACAAAGUGAAAGUGAAACCGCAAGCUUGCGGUCACAUUAACCAGCCACUGGCAAAUUUUCCCCUUUACGGGCGCACGUUAAGAAAGCGCUCCUCUCAUAAUCUGGCCCUUUAUAAUUAACCUCUCUCCUUGUUCCACACUGAGCAAAGGAAGUGUAAAAAAGGAGUUGCCUUACUAAAGUAUGGCUGGUGAUAUCUAUGAGAAUUGGGGUUGAAGGAAUAGUGAUUGGAGGUGUAUAGCAUCUCUCUAGAAUUGCCACUGCGUCAAAUUUAUGUAUGUAUGCCACUCCUAACUAGCUGAUAUGUGUUUAACCCCCUUUUUACUUUUAAAGUGAAUGUCAAUUUUGAUGAAUUAGUGUCCGGUUUUUAAUAACCUUUUUAAAAACAAGGGCACUUUAAUUCAUAAAAAUUGACAUUUCACUAGUGUUCUUCAAAAACUUACCUUUUAAUCCUGGCAGCUGCUCCAGCAAUUCCCCCGGCCGUCGGAAGCCUCUGAGACGUCAGAAAUGACUAAUCCGGCUUCCUCCAAUCACGGCUUCCCCCCCGGAGGAAUCUUGGCCUAAUGCAACGCCGUGAUUAGAGGAAGUCGGAUUCGUCAUUUUGGACCUGCGAAGACGGCUUGCGACGGGCGGAGGAAGUGCUGGAGCAGCUGCCAGGAUUAAAAGGUAAGUUUUUGAAGAAAACAAGUGAAAUGACAAUUUUGAUAAAUUAAAGUGCCCUUGUUUUUAAAUAGGAUUAAUAAAAACGGGCACUAAUUCAUCAAAAUUGACCUUCACUUUAAGAUGGAAUGUUCUUUUAAUUAAUCUGAAGACCCACAAUCUAUAGAUAAUGCAACUUAAUAUAUAAUGACCAAUACAAAUAUAUAUCAUACACAUAAUUCUUUCAGACUAAGUUUCACGUAGACCUCUCUGAGCAUCAACUUUUGAUGUCUGUUCAUAUUUAAUUAUUUUGUAUCCAGCAAAAUAAACUUAAAAUUAGGGUGACACUAUUAUGCAUUUAGUACAUGGCUUUUAAUAUAUUAUCCUACAAAAACUGUCUUUUGGUAUGCUGGCUCAUACAGUUAUAGUCCUUGCUAUAUUACAUUUUGGAUAAUGAAAAAGUCAAUGUACUGUAUAUAACAUUUCCGUUUAACUAAAAAAAAAUGUACUAUUACACCUAGAUGUAUGGAAUUGUCUUUCCAGUCUCUCAAAUACUGGUUUUAUUUCAUGCAAUUUAACAAUGAGGUUUCAUAAUCUCUCCAUUAGAAUGUCAUAACAUAAUAGAGAAAUUUGAGAGACUGGCUUCUCCUAAUUUGCGUUCAUCUUCAGAAAUCCUUAACUGUAAUGGAAACACUUUUCUUAUUGGGUUAGUAUUUGCUUGCUGCAACAACUAAAAAAAAAGGUCUUUGCAAUGUUUGAGUUUAUAUUCUAAAACUUAAAAUGCUAUAAUUAUUUUUCAGUAUGUAUGGUGUAUAUAGUCAUAAAUACAUAUCAUUUUUUUUAUUGUUUUUUACUUUAAUUCCUGUUUUAGUGUUUUUUAAUUGUAUUUUUUUUUUAUUAUUAUUUCAAGAAUAUUUUACUUUUUAUUAUUACAAAGGUAAUUUAAGAUAUGUCUCCAAAAUAUUAAAAUGGAUUCUAAAAUACAUAAACAAACAAAAACAUACACACUUGGGCAUGUUUACCGAUGCAUGCAAAACAGAUCAUGUGCAUUUAAAUGCUGGAACAAACAUUUUGUCUCAUUUUUGCAUCUGUUGUAUUCUUUACAUACUGUACUAAUUUGUCCAUCCUCAGGGAUAUGUGUGUGUAGUAUUACUUGAAACUAUCUAACUUCUGAUAACCAAAUGUCUGUGAUAUUUAUGGGUGCUGCAAAAAUUGAAAACAUUUAAACAGGAAUUUUUUAACAUUUGUAGUUGUGUAACAAAUUGGAAUAAUAUAAAAAUAAAUAUAUUCAAAUGUUACCUGCAUCUGAAUAGUGAUAAAAUAAUCACACAACAUUAAUACCAGUAAUAAAACCACACUCAGUUAGCUUUAUCUAAUACAGUUUGAUCAAGUAGGACAUUACAUUUUUUCAAAUUAGUUUUUUUUAACAUAGGGAUAACUAACAUUUACAUGAUGUUGUCAGAAUAUUUUGAUCUUUAAUUGAAUUAAUUUGUAAUCAGUAUAUUUGAAAAUUAUUUACUAAUAUCAUUCUUCAUUUAGUUUUUGUUAUAUUAUAAAGUUUAAUGUUAUGCUUUAAAGGGACAGUCUACACCAGAAUUUGUAUUGUUUUAAAAGAUAGAUAAUCCCUUUAUUACCCAUUCCCCAGUUUUGCAUAACCAACACAGUUAUAUUAAUGUACUUUUAACCUCUGUGAUUAUCUUGUAUCUAAGCCUCUGCAAACUGCCCCUUUAUUUCAGUUCUUUUGACAGACUUGCAGUUUAGCCAAUCAGUGCCUGCUCCCAGAUAACUUUACGUGCACGAGCACAGUGUUAUCUAUACGAAACACAUGAACUAACACCCUCUAGUGGUGAAAAACUGUUAAAUGCAUUCUGAAAAGAGGUGGCCUUCAAGGUCUAAGAAAUUAGCAUAUGAACCUCCUAGGUUAAGCUUUCAACUAAGAAUACCAAGAGAACAAAGCAAAAUUGGUGAUAAAAGUAAAUUGGAAAAGUGUUUAAAAUGACAUGCUCUAUCUGAAUCAUGAAAGUUUAUUUUGGCCUAGACUGUCCCUUUAAGUUUCUUGUUUUAACAUAAUCCAUGUCAAUAAUUCUCAAUCAUUUUGUAUUAAUUACAGUGUUGUUUUAAAUGUAUUUGAAAUGAGAUAUUUUUGUGGCUUUUUAAAAGAUUUGUAUUAAAAUUAUGAAAAAAAAUGCGUAUCGUUGGUUAUUGAAUACGUUUCUAAUAUUAUCAUUUUUGCUGUGUUCAUAAGGAAGUUACAUAAAAUAAUAAUUAUAUCUUUAUUAACUUAUGUAUUUAUUAGUUUGUCUUUUUUUAAUUACUCCAUUGUUAAUAUUUGAUUAUGAUUUUAUCAAAACAUUUUCAAAUGAAAAUUAAUGUUAUGGCAUUUAACUAAUAAACUAACUAUCAAAAUCCCAAAAGUUCUUGCAAGAAACAUUUAACCUUUACAUCACUAGGCCAAUGCUUACCCUUCCAAAACCAGAACAAUCAAGCAGAAAACACUUUUCAAAUAAGUCUAGAGGUAACAAUAGUUCAGCUCCUCAUCUGUUUUUUGUUUUAUAGAUGACUAAUUCCAAAAAGUGCUAAAUGCUUCAAAUGUCACACUCUUCUAUCACAUGCUGGGAGUCAAAUGUUUUAAUACUAGUUGGUUAAAAAAAUUAACCAAGAAAUGCCAUUCACAACAGGCCUCAACUUGUUUUUAAGAGGCUUUAGAGAAGCCCAAAAAUAUUUCAGAAAUCUGAUUGAAUAGUAUUUUUGGUUGGGUGGGAACACUGCUGUCUAAUUCUCUAAGUGCAAAACAAUGUUGAAUUUCACAUAGUGAGAAGCCACUGGAAAACUACAAAAUAACUCAGUUUUCAAAUGGAUUGGAAUGGCCUUGAUUUUAAAAAACCCUACAAAAUAAUUUGCAUUGUUUUACUAAUGUAUUGGAAUAAAACCCUAUGCGCUAGAUUAUGAGUGGAGCGCAAUAUCACUAUGUGUAGCGCAGCGUUGGGCAGCAAUAAAUAAAUAUGCUUAUAUACAUAUAUUUAUGUGUUUAUAUGUGUGCAUACAAAUAAAGACAUACUUAUAUAUGUAUAUAAGCUUAUACAUAUAUAUUUAUAGAGAAAACACAGUCACAUAUUGACCUCCAUGUAAAGGGACUUUAGGUGCCUUUCUUUUUUCAAACAGCCCACAUCCCCUCACUUUGUUAAACUCACCAGAAUAAAAAAACUCUAAAACAAAUUCCUUAGCGUUGCUCUGUAGUUUAACCUAUAUCUUAACUCAUUUAUUCUUCUCCCUUCUAUUAGACUAUAUCACAUUAUCAGAAAAUCAGCAACUGUAAAACAGAAUACAUAGAAUCACCAAAUGUUUAGCUGAAAAAUUAAGCAAUGCUACCCCACUCUCACAUUCUCCUCUUCAAGCACCUUCAGUCGUAUACUCACUUGUCUAUUUAAGUCCACUCUUCAACCAUGGACCUAAUGUAAGGUUACUACUUGGAACUUUGUAUAUUAUUGGAGAUUGUGCCCUCUUGAGCAAAGGCUCAAGAUAAAGAGAAUAUUUCUGAGCCACCUGCUCCAUUCCUUAGUGUCUUAGUGUGGGUAAUUAUUGCCCCUUACCCUCAUUUGGAAGAUAUCGAAUGGUUAAAACCAACUGACCACACUCCAUGACAUAUUUAAUUCCCAUUUAAACUAAAGACAGCUAUUGUGAAGAAUAAAGGUUGAGUCAAAAACUGCUCUAGGACCAUGGCCACAGUGUUUGGUAACGCAACCAAAAUAGUAUUUCUAAAUCAUUGCCUGAUAUUCUGCCUGGCUUGUCUAAUAGACCACUACUUAGUCUCUUGCUUUGUUUGACUAAGUCUUUAUUUCUGGCAUUUGUACCUUGUCUUUAAAUGAUUUAAUAUUGUCUGACAUUUAGGUCAGCACUCAGGAUUUUCACAGUUGAAAUGUAUCAAGCACAGAACUUCUGCAGCAUUUGAAAGCAUAAGACUUCUGGUUACAGCUUGGAAACUAGUCAUUGUGUCAUUGCAGCUUUGCUACUCAUGUAAAUUACAGAACAAGACCUUAUAUCUCUGUAGUUCUGCUACUUGAUUCUAUAGUAGUACAGGAAAAGACCUCUAGGAUCUACUCUCUACUAUCUAUUUCUUCAUUUUAUCAACUCAUAACCACAUCCAAGCUCACUCACCUAAUAUCUUUACUAGAACUGAUGUUCUAAGGUACCAUGCUUUGCUUGUAUCUGCUGUCUGUUGUUUUCUACAGUGCUUUGUUGUCCCCUCCCUUUUGCUAACUAACCUUUAAUUUUGUGUUAAGACUGAUCUGAAAACUUUAAUAGCUAUAACCUGACAAGAAAAUACCGGCUCUGAAUAUUGGCAAUAAGUCUGAUAUUCCCAUUACAUUACUUAAUACUAUGCUUGAAAGACUACAAUAUUCUUUGUUAAAAUAUAGGCAUAUUACAGCAUUCCAGAUUAUGAAAAGAUCCUCAAUCUCAACUAGGGUACAAGAAUCCAGUUAUACAUUUUUAUCUAGGUGGUACCUCACCCCUAGUAGACUGACACACAUAUAUAAGACAACCUCUGGGAAGUGUUGGAGGGAGUGCAGGGGUGAAGGCACACAAAUAUAUCUGGUGGGACUGCCCCAGACUGGAUCAGUUCUGGACAGAGAUACUUAACUACAUCAGAGUAGCGACAGGGGGAGCAUUGCAGAAUAGCCCCAUGACACUACUGUUUCUUUCACUGCCUCACCUUGAGAGUAAGGCACAUAACGCUUUAAGAUUAGUCAUGCUGAAUGGGGCAAAGAUGUUGAUCCAGAAGGACUGGAAAAAUAAAGCAAUGCCAACAGUGGAGGAGUGGAGAAAGCAGGUAGAUAACCUAUUACAUCUGGAAAGGUUCCACCACAUGCAGAACGGCACAUUAGACACUCACGAGAUUAUGCUGAUGCAAUGGAAGGAAUGUCAAACAUGCUAGAGGCUGAGGGAUAACUAGGACAAGGACACAAUACAGUAGGGGUUUGGCAUUGCAGACCCUCGGGGAGGUGGAGGUGAAGGGGGAGAGCCAUGCUGUGUUUAUUUAGCUAUGUUUAUGAUUUAUCAGCAGAAGGAAGUUGCACUGAACUUGUCCAGGUUCUUCUUUUGUAAAAUUACUGUAUGUUGUUACUACAUUUGUGAGGAGCAUUGUUUGUUGCACUAUUCACCCAAAGACAUGGAUUGUACAGGAUCAGUUAGAGAACAAAAAGAAAAACUGACACCACAGAUGGACAUUUGGUGAUAGUUGAGAAAGAACUCUGUUAUGUGAGGCACAGUGUGCCGACAAUUCAAUUGUUUCAUGUAAAAAGAAAACUUUGGAAAAUGUGUUAUAUAUUUGUAUAAUACUCAAUAAAAUUCUUUAAAAAAUAUAUAUAUAUAUAUAGGCAUAUUAAAACAAAUUAAAGUAA